AUGAAUUUUGGGUCAAAUUCAAUGAUUGGUGGUAGUAAUACUACCAAUGUAAAUAGUAAUAAUAUGAAUGGAUUUGGAUUUGAUCAAUUUUCAAAUAAUUUUUCAAUUAGAUCCAAACAAGUAGAAUCAAUAAAUAAAAUGUUAUCGUUAAAAUCAGAUUCAAGCGGCAGUACUUCAAGUAACAAUAGUGGAAAUAAAACAACAGGUUGGCAAGAUGUAUGGAAGGUUUUGAUUUUUGAUACAUUUUGUAGUAAUAUUAUUGCACCAGUUUUAACUAAAGGCGCACUUCGUAAUCAAGGUAUUACAUUAUACUUACCAUUACAUUCCGAAAGACAAGCAAUUCAAGAUGUACCAGCCAUUUAUUUUGUUUUACCAACAUUAGAUAAUAUUAAAAGAAUUGCAGAGGAUUGUAAAAAUAAAUUAUAUGAUAAUAUUUAUUUAAAUUUUGCAAGUAAAUUACCAAAUCCUUUAAUGGAAGAAUUGGCAUCAUUAACAAUUCAAACUGAUUCAGUAUCAAUGAUUAGCAAACUAUAUGAACAAUUUUUAAAUUUUAUUAGUUUAGAGAAUGAUUUAUUUGUAUUAAAUAACCCAAGAAAUUCAUAUUUAGCAUUUAACGACCCAACUGUUAAGGAUGUUCAAGCACAGGAAAAUAUUGAUAGCGUUGUAGAUAGUUUAUUCUCUGUAUUGGUAACAAUGGGAGUUGUACCAAUUAUUAGAUGUCCAAAGAAUGGAGCUGCCGAAAUGAUCGCUAGAGAAUUAGAAAAGAGAAUCGCACAAAACAUACAAUCAAGUGGUAAUUUAUUUAGCAACAAUGAAAUGGGUUCACAAUUAUCAUCAUUCUAUAGACCAGUUUUAAUUUUAUUAGAUAGAAAUAUUGACCUCAGUGUAUGUUUACAUCAUCCAUGGACUUACCAAGCAUUGGUCCAUGAUGUUUUAAACAUGAAUUUAAAUCAAGUUAAGGUCGAUGUAACCCAAGAAGGUGUAGCCAAGAAGAAAACAUUCGAUUUAGACUCUUCAUCCGAUAGUUUUUGGGAAACAAAUACUGGUUCUGCUUUUCCAAGUGUAGCUGGUGAAAUUAAAAAUUUAAUUGAAGAUUAUACACAACAAAAAGAAAAAAUUAAUCAAUUAACCGAUGUUAAUGUUGAACAAGAUGAAUUGGGUGCACCAAAAACAAACGAAAAUAAAGCUAAAGGAUUAGGAGCAUUGGUUCAAGAAGUUAAUGAAAAGAAAAGAUUAAUGGAUUUACACACCAAUUUAGCAACAGAUUUAAUGAAACAUAUUCGUGACAGACAAAUAGAUUACUUUUUUUCAAUGGAGGAGUCAAUUAUUACUAGAUCAUUAACUGACAAAAAAGAAUUAGCCUCAUUAAUUACAUCACCAGUUGUUGGCGAAAACGGUGGCAGAGGAACUUUAGAGGAUAAAAUUCGUUUAUUAAUCAUUUACUAUUUAUCAACUAAAAAUAUUCCACAGUCCGAAAUGGAUCAAUAUGAAGAUGCUUUAAAAAAAAUGGGUGCUGAUUUAACAACUUUAGAUUAUUUUAAAAAAACUAAAGCAUUUAAUGAAAGUUUAACUGCAAUUGCAAAUGUUAGUGGUCAACAAGGUAGUGCAAGUAAUCAAAAUAAACAAGGAGGUUUUAUGCAAAUGUUUACAGGUUAUCAAGGUGUUGAGUCAUUUGCAAACUUUUUCUCACAAGGUGUUAGAUCAUUAUUACCAAAGAGUAAAGAUCUUUUUGUUACUAGAAUUGUCGAAUCUGUUAUGGAUUUAAAAAAUACUUUAGAUGCCGAUUUCCUCUAUUUAGAUCCAAAAAUUCAAAAUAAAGCAAAUGUACCAAAAAGAACAACUCCAUUUAAAGAAGCUAUUGUAUUUACUGUUGGUGGUGGUAAUUAUGUUGAAUAUCAAAAUCUUCAAGAUUAUUCAAAGAAACAUAACAAGAAAAUUAUUUAUGGUUCAAAUGAAUUAAUAACUUCAAAAGAAUUUUUACACCAAAUUAAAUUAUUAAAAGAGGUAUCAAAAUAA